UGCAGUUGUUGGUUUGAUUGUAAGAAGAUGCUGCUGCUCUGCAGGUGUGGAAUUUCUAGAGGGAAUUUCCGACAAAGAGCCGUGACAAAGCUGACAGAUACAAGCUCUCUGCUUGGAUGUUCCUUACUUCAGAGUUUACACGUAAAAGUUGGAGACAAAGCUGAACUUACUAGAGCUUUUACACAGAACGAUGUUGUUACUUUUUCUGAUUUAACAGGUGACACAAAUCCUUUGCAUUUAGAUGAAGAUUUUGCAAAGAAAUCCAGGUUUGGGAGAACUAUUGUACAUGGAGUUUUGAUCAAUGGACUUAUUUCUGCAGUUUUGGGUACUAAAAUGCCUGGUCAAGGUUGUGUAUUUCUUUCUCAGGAGAUUCGAUUUCCAGCUCCUUUGUAUAUUGGAGAAGAAGUCAUAGCUGCAGCGGAAGUUAAACGACUGAAGAGCUCUGUUGCACACAUCUCAGUAUCAUGUAAAGUCAAAGAAAGUGGAAAGACUGUUAUGGAAGGGAUGGUGAAAGUCAUGGUGUCAGAGAGUUAGAGCUGUUGAUCUUAUGCUACUUCACAGUAAAGGCAAAAAUACAUGCUUUGUUU